UGUGCAAAAACUGUGUAUUAAUGGAGAAAAAUGGCCAGAUAAAUUAUAUUCUAGCCACUGUUGAGAUUGAUAAAAAGGGUGGAGUAGUGGUAGUAGCGUAGAUGUGAUGAAUGGAAAUCACUAGGUGGCUUUGUUUACACUGGCUCGAGGUGGGGGGGAUGAGAGCAGUGCGCCACGUUUUAAAGGGAUUCGGUGAAUAAUUAGCGCAAAAGGUUCAAAUUGCAGCUACAUGGCGUGCCACUCGCUGCACAAGCUAUUCAACCAUCUUCUACUGCGGAAGAGUCGGUGUAAUAGAAAGAGAGCAUAGGGACCACUGGAAGUGAAAGCGAUGCUGGAGAUGGAGAAUUUGAGCCCACUGCGGAAAUGCUAGUCGAUGACUAUGACGAUGAGAGAACAUUAGACGAAGAGGAGGAUAUGGAAGAAGGGACUGACCGAGAGGAAGAAAUUGAUAAUCUUGAAAAGGAACAGGACAUGCCCAUUGCACAGCUUCUGGCUAUGUAUGGAGGAUAUCCACCUGAAGAAGGUGAGGGAGAGGUGGAGGAUCAAGCUAAUGGAGAGAGGGGAACAAGUCGAAGAGUGAAUGUACGUGAAAACAACAAUGAGGGAGCAGUAGAGAAUGAAGCAGAAGUUGAGAAUGAAACAGAGGAGCCCGAAGAACCAGAAGUCAUAUCCUCAAGAUCUUCCACUUCUGAGGAAAAUCUAAAUAACCAUGAUAAGGUGAAGGUUCCAUACCGUCGCUGCAUACUCAAGACUGGGUUGUACAUACAAAGGAAUACAAAGGAUACGAAACAACAGACCAUUGGGUCCAAACGAAGCUGUUUAUUAAGUCGAAGACUUUUGACGACGCAAACAUUGAAAGAUGUGGAUUUGAAGAGAGGAGUUGCAGUUGAAAAUCAGUCUUCCAUCAUACAACUUGAGCAAAUAAAGCCAGAGGUGAAACCUGAGAGAAAACGAAGAGAAAAGACUUCUGAGUUGGCACAGCUGUAUGCAGACAUGGAUACAAAUGGUGACACUCCAACACCCUCAUCUUCACGGUCGCUCAGAUGUCAUAGACCGUUAGGAAUUCUGUCAACUGGUAGCUCUAGACAGCAGAGUGAAGAAGAGGAGGAAGAUGAAGGCGAGUAUUCCGGAGAGGAGGAGGAUUGGCAUAAAACUAUUAUGAUUGGUUCAUCCUACCAGGCACAAGUACCAGAGGGUCUACAAGCAUAUGGUGCAACUCCUCCCUAUGAAAAUGAAGAUAAACUGCUAUGGGAGCCUGGCAAGUUAAGCCCUAGACAGGUAGAGGAGUACCUGCGAGCACUAAGUCAUCCACCACCUGGUUCUCAAGGUGUUGCAGCCAUUCCUCUUGGAAAACAUGUUCGAGAUGAUGAACAGGCUUUAUAUUUGUUGCUUCAGUGUGGGUAUAAUGUAGAUGAAGCUUUACGUAGACACCGUAUGAAUCCUACUCCUCUGGCUUCCACAAUGACACUGUGGUCUGAGGAGGAAUGUAGAAAUUUUGAAAAUGGGCUAAAAACUUAUGGCAAAGAUUUUCAUCUAAUACAACAAAAUAAGGUUCGGACAAGAUCAGUGGGCGAGUUAGUACAGUUUUAUUAUCUUUGGAAGAAAACAGAAAGACACGAUCUCUUCGCUACUAAAACAAGAAUUGAAAAGAAAAAAUAUAUUGUUCAUCCUGGCACUACUGACUACAUGGACCGGUUCCUAGAUGAAGGAGAAGGAGGUGGCGCUCAUGUGUCCUGGCGUGACAAUCGUUCGUCGUCCCCCAGUCUUCAUGCACUAUUAUAUGGGCGUCCGCCUCCGGGAAGCACUGCUGGAGCAGCUGGAGUUGGGAUAGAGGUCUCCACUCCUGCAACUGUUGCUCAACCUUCUCAGUUCAACCCUGCAGCAGAAGUUAGUGGAGCCAAUAUUAACAAAGACAGCGAGGCGUCAGUUACUUAUUCUGGUCUAAAUCAGAUGGAAGACUUAGCUCGCCACUUGGACCCUGAUUCAUUAGAGUCCCUGGCCAAGAUGACUUCUCCAAACACUUCAGUAUCAAUAGCUAGAACUGGAAAAAGAAACAAUACUUCUCAUCCUAUGGAUGUAGAUGUAUCUAUAUCACGUUCCUCUCUUCUAGCCUCUCAAACAAUCAGUGUAGAGGCUAAAAGUGUUGCAAUGACAGAAACUGUUGCACAGUGAAAUACACUAUUUGCCUUUUUUAAUGUGUGUGAGUGGUGUGGUGGUUGUGAAAAGUGCAAAUGUUCGUUACCAGUGUUGCUGUCUGAUGGUGUAACCAAGAGGACACCCAAAGUCUGCCUUUUUUGGGAUCUGAUGAUCCAAAAACGCUUACCUGGAAGCGGCCUCGUGAAUUUUAUACAGCACCUAAGAUGGUGUUUAGAUCUAUAACUCAAUGAAGUAAACAAAGAUCUUUCAGUAAUUCUGGUUCUUAAAAGUGAUUGUCAAGCUGUAAAUGAAAAUGUAACACAGCUGUAAAACACAGGGAUUACAUUGAGCUCUUAUAAAUUAACACAUCAUUGUAUAUUUAUACAUAUAUUUUUUGUUAAAAAAGUGCCACAUAAUACGUGUAAAAUAUAUCUUGUACAGUGGAUAUUGCUAUGUACUCAGUUUCUCUGUUGAAGUGUGCAUCUUUUGAUUCCACAUAAGUUUAUUCGUUUUGCUGAUGACAUUUUUUAUGACUUCACAGCAAUAUCUGUCUUCAUUAAUUUCUUUGGAAAAGGGUAAAUGCCUUUUUUCUUUGAAAAUGAGGAGAGUUCUUUUUAUAAUUAUGAUAAUAAUGCAAAGCUAUUUCUUUUUUUACAAGUUAUAUUAAAAAUGAUUUUAGCCUCUUGAACUGUUAAUUAAUAUUUUGGUUUGUAACCAUUGAUGUAGUACAAGCCACUGGAAUGCUUUAAUCUUCAAUUUUUCAACAUUUACAAAAAAUAUUAUAAGAUAAAAUUUACUGUAUGUUUAGAUUUAAAUACAGUAAUAAUUAAUUUGAAAACAAGGUUAAUUUAGGUCAUGACCAUUUAAAAUAUUGAUUAUUAUCAAGAGAGAUAAACAUGAGUUAGCUUCUAUAUUUCUUUUGAAAUAUUCUUUGAAAUUAUAAUUAGUAUUUAUUGGAAGAAAAAAAAAGCUAGAUUGGUUAUCCUGAGUAACCCAAAGAAAAUACUCCAUCUUGAUCCAGUGAUGUUUUUUCCCCUUUGGUUUCAUUUGUCUUAAGUGGUUUAUUGGACAAUAGACCAGGUACAUUUUGAAGAUUGUAAUAUCCUACUUUUGAACAAGAGUUAAAGUAUUUCUUUGGAAGUUACUUUUUCCUGUUUUCUUUCAAAAAACUCAGAACAUUGGCCAUCUUUAUUAUCUAUUCCAGUUUUGUGGUGUAAAUAUUUGGUAAUUGAUUCACAUAAUUAAAGGGAGGUUUUUAAUUUCUUUGCAGAUGAAGUCUUGCUUUUGGUCUUUUAACACUUGUGUUAAAUCUGGCUGUUAGAAGGUGGUUAUGCACUAUAUGGUUAAUGAAAAAAUUGAUGUUCAUGUAAAAAAAUUUAACUCGAGAAAUUUAGUGUUACAGUAUAUAUACAGUACAUCAACUAUAUUUUAUUCCAAAUUUAACAGUCUUUUUGCUAAGUUUUAUGGGAUUUUUUCAUGAGUAGACAAAUCAGUACAUUGACAGUUAUAGAAUGGGAUUUAUUACAGAAAAAUCACAUGCGAAAUUUUCAGUGAAAUUUGCUUAUUUUCUUUACAAUAAGAAAGUUUCAACUGUUUAGCAGUCUGAAACUCUUGAUUUAUCUGAUGCUGCAGUUUGGCCAUAGGAGUUGCUUGACUUCUCUUCCCUUGAUCUAUCAGUGCUACAAUUAUUGUUAUAUUAAUGGGGAAGUACUAAACCCAUAGUGGUCAUACUGCAUCUGGAGAAUUGGAGGUAAUCAGGUUGGAUCCAAGGCAGAGUAGGGUACCUCCAGUUUCUUGGAUCAAAAACUCUUCAUUGCUGCAAGUUAUCCUUGUUUAAGAUGACUUGGACAUUGUCACUGCUGUAAAGUACUGUACAUCUUUGCCUUGCUACUUGUUAAGCAGAUGACCAUUGAACUCCUGGUCUAAUUUAUUUACUAGCUCAGGUUUAUCAACCUAUGGGUUGAUAAAUCUAUGCUAGUAAAAAUUUAUCUGCACUUCAGUCUUGCUGAAUGAGUGGAACAUUUUCAUUAUGCCUUUGAUUAUCCUCAAAUAAUAUUGAGAGAAAUUGAAUAAAGACUGACCUGCCAAAAAGCAGCCAAACUUUUUGUUGGGCUUAAAUUAAUUCACAGGCAAAGCUUUGAGUUCAAUCUUUCUUCAACUUUUAUACAUAGUUCACGUAUUCCUCAGUAUGUGAAAAAUGCUGGUUACUUCACCACAUUCAUGAAUCAUAGUUUAUUUACUGGAAGAUGAACCUUGUUACAGUGUAUUUGAUCUUUUUUUUUAUGCCUCUAUGUUCAUUUUUAGCUGAAUGCAAAUAUUUAUCCUGCCACUACAUUUUUCUUUCCUUGUCUGUUUCAUGUCUCUUUUCUUUAUUCUUCUCCUUAUCUUUUUUUCACCAUUUAUUCAGUUGCUGUCUUUCCAGAAGUGUGCUGACUUCACAGUUCAGAUUUACCCUCUGACUGCAACAUCUUCACCCCUCCUUCAGAGUGCAGGCACUGCCUAUCCCGCCUCCAAGACUGAAGACUGGCUAACCAGUUUCUCUGCAUCCCUUCAUAAAAGUUUUCUUGCUCAUACUCCAAGAGCACAUCCAAUAAAAAUAACCACUUGUCUCCACUCACUAUCUAACAUCCAUGUUCAAGCUUUCUGGAUGCUCAGGGCGCUUAAACUCAAAGCCUCUUUUAUAUACCCCUUCUCUUUGCAACCCUUCUGAGCAUUCCAUAUCUCUACCUUCCACCCUAGAGUUGUACGUUUUGUGGGGCCACCAAGGGUAUAAUUCAGAGGGCUGAGGAGGAAUUGUUGAAGUGGUUUAGGCAUGUAGAAAGGAUGAAGAGGGAUAUGUUGACGAAGAGGGUGUAUAAAUUUGGCAUGGAAGUUAGAAGGGAUAGGGGUCAUCCAAGGAACAGUUGAGGGAAGGGAUUAAAUAAGCUUUUGAGUUUUAGGGGCUUGAGCAUCCAUUAGACUUUUGUGAGUAUGUUAGAUCGGAGUGACUGGAGACAUGUGGCUUUUAACCCUUUGAGGGUCGACAGGCCCUCUCCGAAACUCGUUCUCAGGGUCGGUCAAAUUUAAAAAAAAAAAAAAAUUAUUUUCUCUUAUGAAAAGAUAGAGAAUCUUUUCCCGAUAAUAACGACACCAAAAGUUUGAAAUUUGAUAGAAAACUUACGGAAUUAUGCUCUCGCACCUCUUCAAGGGGGGCUCCUUGGCGU